UGUUAUGUUUUUAUCAUGGUUCAUCCUAUUUGCUGAGUCUGCUUGUUGACGUCGAUUUUCCGAGAAAAUUUGCUGAUUACCAGAACAAAUUGCAAUUAAAAAAGAAAAUAUUCAGUUAUUAUUACUUUCUAUACAGUGUGUUUGGAAAACUUGCAGCUCAAGUAGCGCUGGUGAAAAUAAAUAACGUAAUGUUGGGGAGAAAAUUGCUGUUGGUGUUGAAGGCGGUGCUGUUGGUAUCAGUGCUUGCACCAGCGACGCAGGCAAAAUCUGAUCCUGGUAAAACUACUAAAACCCUAACGCCGAACGCUAAUGUGGCAAGAGAACAACGGCCGCUGUUAGCUAGUUCGAAAAUUAAAGUGCAUAUUGAGUGCGACACUCAUGAGCAGCUGGAUGUUGUUGUUACUUGGACGCUCUUUGAGCGCCAAUGCUGGUAUGACAAGCGCUUGCCCGAAAGUCUAUACAAUGCUUAUGAACAGCAAUUACUUUUGCAAAACAAAUCUGAUUCCGGUUUCAUUGCCAUGGAUACGAAAAACUCCAUUUGUCCAAUGCACCCAAUUUUGCUACCCGAAAGGCCAUGGCCUGUAAGCGAUGCAAAUGUUGCAGCAGCGUCAGGAGUAGCGGAAGACGCUGCAAAGUCAUCAGGCACGGCAGCAGCACAGACGUCGGGCAAGACGCAGACGAAUACACUCAAACACCCAACAGUACCAUAUGCAAAAACCAUCAUCACCAUUGGCCGAGAUGGCAUCUACGAUUUGACAUUGAAAAUUGAAGCAAUCAAAGCAACUGACUCCUCAGAUUAUAGCGCGCUUGUGCAAGUUGAUAUUGUUGGUCCCGAUGGCGGUUACCUCUCAGCCAUUGAUCAUCCAUUGUUGGCGUUCUAUGGUAUCAUGUGCGUGGUCUAUGUUAUUUUCGGCAUUAUCUGGCUCUUUGUAUCGUUUACGCAAUGGCGCGAUCUCUUGCGUAUACAAUUUUGGAUUGGUGGCGUCAUACUGCUCGGCAUGUUAGAGAAGGCGUUCUUCUAUGCGCAAUACUAUAGCUUAAAUACCACAGGUGUACCUGUGCAGGGCGCCGAAUUGGUAGCAGAAUUUGUUUCUUGUGCCAAACGUACUUUGGCUCGUAUGCUUGUGAUUAUCAUGAGUCUGGGUUUCGGUAUUGUCAAACCACGCUUGGGCCCAAUGCUACAUCGCGUUGUCGGUGUUGGCGCGCUUUAUUUUGUGCUGGCCUGUGUUGAAAGCUAUUUGCGCGUGACGAGCACAAAAACUGAUGAGCAGCUGGUGGCUGCCAUACCGUUGGCUGUGCUGGACACAGGCAUAUGCUGGUGGAUAUUCACUUCGCUGGUACAGACUACCAGAACGUUGCGCUUGAGAAGAAAUAUGGUUAAACUCUCGCUGUAUAGACACUUCACAAACACACUGAUAUUCGCUGUGAUUGCAUCAGUGAUGUUUAUGUUGUAUGCCUUGCAUGUCCGCAAGACACAGAACUGUACACCGAUAUGGCGCAAUAUUUGGAUAGAUACUGCCUUCUGGCAUGUGCUCUUCUCGGUGUUAUUGCUGGUGAUUAUGAUUUUGUGGCGUCCAACAAAUAAUAAUCAACGUUAUGCAUUUACACCGUUACUUGAUGCGCCAGAAGAUGAGGAUGACGAUGGUAAGUGAAUAGUGUGGUACAUUUUAGAUUAAUUGAAGUGGAGUUGUUCUCAUAAGAAUAGUCGAAAUAAAUAUGCUUUUAGCUAUCGACUGAACAUAAAAUAUUGAAAGAGAUCAACUAGUGAAGUUAGUCGCACAAAAAAGCAAAAAUUAUGAGA